AUGACGUGGCAACACGAGGAAGCUGCCAACAACAUGAAGGGGCGAAUGCCGAUGGACUUCCACGAGUACUGCCAACUGAUCGAGAAGAAGGUUAAGCGUAUCAGCCCAGACGAAGUAGAAACAGCUAAACUUUUUGAAAAACUGAUAACCAAAUAUAACAUAAAAAAGGUGAAAAGAGUCUGCCUCGCAGUGAGAGAUGGAGAAGAUAUUCAUUCCCCAUCCUCAGAUUCUUUCUUUAACGAUCACUAUGUAGCCAAUAAACCGAUCAUCAUAACAAACUUGGGCCACAAAAUUGGGAAAUGCACACAAACGUACAGCAACAAAAAUGUCAUUCAACAUAUAGGGAGCAUGAAAGUAAGCAUACACAUAAGUACCAGCAAAUUUCUCAACAACAUAGAAAAAAACUUCCGCUACAAAUUAUCAUCUUUAACGAAUUUUAUACAACUCAUUGGAGAAGAAGAUCAAAAGAAGAGCAGAUUUUCCCUUCGGUAUAAUGAAGGUGGAAAGGAGGUGUGGCUAUUGCUGUGCAAGGCAGGGGAAGGGCAACACAAUUUGCCUCCGCACCACCCUACCGUGGAAACUACAACCAAGGGAAGGGACAACCAAAUGGAUGAUAAUGAGCAGGAAGGAGUAUAUGGUGAAAAACGCCAUUAUUACUAUUAUAGAUCAUUGGGGACUAACCAAUUUAAGGACGUCUCGAAUAUCAAAAAAAUGAACCACUUCAUCAGAGACAGUUUUUUCCUACCUGCACAGAUUUACCCCCCGCAUGAUGAAUUUGAGUUUUUCUCCUCCAUUUUAAGAAUAGGACAAACGAAUAUCUUCAUUUGGCUGCACUAUGACAUCCCAGAUAACUUCCUAAUUCAAGUAAAAGGAAGGAAAAAAAUUCUACUAAUCCCUCCAAAGUUUAUAAAAUAUUUUCAAAUCGUGAAUUCUUCUUCACCGUAUAAUCUGUUUCACAUUCUGAUGGGGAGAAGAAAAAAACUGACUAAACGAGAAAAGGUUGUCAAAAAAAUACUCUGCAAGUUUGCCCUCGUGGCGGAUUUGUACCAAGGUGACAUUUUGUUCAUCCCCUCUCUGUGGCUGCACUACGUUUAUAACAUGCCGGCACACACCUACGUGAAAAGAAAGUACAGGUCAUAUCACGAGCAUUUGCGAGUCGAGACAGAGCAGGAGUCUGUCCAAUUUGCUGCGCAAAACGAAUGGGAGGAGAAAUUCCCCUCAAAUUGCCGCAAAAUGCUGAACCAAUUUACGCCUCUAAAGAGAGGAAGAUAUGCAGCGGUCAUGGAGAGAUACCCCCCCCGUGACAAACAGAACAGACACGAAAUUAAGUUACUUCCGCAAUGGGGCAACAUCCCCUUGCGAAACAACAAUAACGAAGCGUCUUCAAACAAGCCGAGUGAUAUAAAGCAGGAUGAAUUGAUACAACACUACAGUCAUUUAGAAAAUUAUCAGCAUUUUUUGGAACAUCACUUUGGCAUUCGUAUUAGCGACAUAGAGGGGAGGAGCUGUGAUGUUGGUUCCCCCCCGGACGGAGCGCCCCACAAAAAUAGCCCUGCUGCAAUCCUUAGUGAGGCGUGCGAAGGGGGGUCACCUGAUACAAAAGAAAACGCCCAACAGGAGAAUGAAGCAAAUUCUAACGGGGAAAUAAAACGAGGACACACGUCUCAUCGGCACACUUGCUCCUCUGCUAAGCUAAACAUCAGCGUGAAUUACUUCUUCAGAAAGAGAAAGGAGCGACUCCUGUUCAGCAAAAAGGACCUAUACGGGAACCAAGACAUCAUUUUGGCUAGCCAGCUGUUUAAGAAAAUUCAACAUGAUAUCCAACCACUGCUCGACGCACCUCCCAAGUAUAGAAAUUUCUACCUGCAGAAGUUACAGGGCAUUUUGUACUCCCACCUGGAUGAUCAGUACGUGUAA